GAUACAUUACAUGUUUACAAUUUUAGGCAUUACUCAAAAAUUAUGUGGUGGGAAAGGAUGGAAUUUUGUUGUCGAAAUAUUUGAAGGAACGAACCUGCUGGGAUCGUCAACGAGAAUGAAGAUGCCCUUCUUAAGAAAGUACUUCGUAAAGAAGAAAGGAAAAGGAGGCAAAGAACGGCUACAAGGCAAAUACAAGAAGCGUGAAAACACAACUGAAAUUCUUGAGGGUACGUUGUCAAAUCCGCUUUUCCGAUGGGAAUGUAUCAUCAAGAAGUUUUAUCCUUCUUAUAGGGAAAGAUCGCUAAAUUAGGUUGUGUAGCAUUUGCAAGAUACGUCGCUGAUUUUCGGUUCGACAACUGUUUAUUCCAACCAUGUGUUUAUUUCGAUCGUACGUAUAAAGAAAACUGCCCGAGGCAAUUUGGACCAUUCAACUCUGAUUCGAGUGUAUCACAUACUCGAAAUUGUUGUUUCAGGAAAAUAUCUCUUCAUUCUAUUGUUUAUAUCAGAAGAUAGCGAUCUUGCUGCAGUGUUAUUUUAUAGAAGUCAAAUAUUUUCAAUUGAAGAAAUUAGUUUUCUCUAAAAAUGUGGUAAAACCAAACGCACUCUUUCCUAGUAACAUUUUUGUUUAGGAAUUGAUUAUCGCACGGCAUGCCUUAUUGAAUUCUUUGAAUAGCUUUUCUUUCAGCAUUGCAAGAGGUGCGAUAUAGAAACAAAAAACUAAGAUAGACAGUUAUGUACCGAAAGAAUGGUUUAAUUUUUAGUGCACGUUUCAGAGUCACUGCUAUAUAUAUUGGUUUGAUGAAUCAAUAUUUUUACACUAUAGUCAUUGUGUAAUUUCUAGGUCGGAAAAAUGACCAGAAAUAUUAUGAUAUUGCCUCUUAAUUUAAUCAAUAUAGUAUCAAUGUGUGGCCUUGAAGCAGUUGUUCAGACGUUUUUCUCAUGCUGUGGUGUCUGGCGAAAAAUUUCCCAAGAUCAUAAUUUGGAAGAAUUCUUUAUGUAGAAAUCCACUUGUAUUUUUUCGGAUUGAGUUAAUUUUUUUCAUUCUUUGAACUUGUCCCAUGUAGACAAGACCAUGUGGCAUUUUUCACUUACAUGCACAAGUAUUUUUUAUGUAUCCAACUUCUCAUAUAUUCACAUUUGCCCCAUCUUUCUAUUUUAUUUGUCAAGAACGCUUGAAGAGAUGUGCAUCAACACCUUGCUUCCAGUCAGUACUCUCAGAAACAGAUAUUUCAGAAUCCUUCAUCAUGGACUGUGCUAGCACUGAUAAUGCUGGCAUUGUAAUGGUUGCUCAUGACAGCAAUCCAAAUAGAACACACAGUUCUCACCUGCACCCUGAUUUACCAGAUGCUGGAGAAAGAUUGUCACAAUCCAGUUUUGAAAACAGUAGAAACAAUAAUAUGGGUGAUAUUUUAGAAGUAGUACAAAGACUACAGAUGACUGCAGAGUCAUGUCAGACUUGUACUACUAACAAAACACCCCCAGAGGCUACAAAAUCGGGAUACCGACACCCACCUCCAUAUCCUGAGCAAAUGGAACACUCUAUGAGCCCUUUGGAUAAGUAUCGACAUCCUCCUCCUUAUAGAGAGCCUGAGGACACCAUGUCAAAGUUUGAUGGAGCUAGUUUCUACUCCCACAGGGCAGGAAAAAUGGCUGGUGAUUACAGUGCAUUCUAUAAUCUUGAGGAAUCAAACUACAGACAUCCUCCAUCUUACAGCCAUUUCAGGGCACUCCCUGGGCCUUCAGGAGAUAGUGUUUCUCUGGACAGUAGAUUAGCUAAUGGACCUCCUAAGCUUAAAGUGGACAAGAAAGUCAUGAGUGAAUCAAAUUUGAGUCCUGGUGGUUACAGUUAUGCACAGAAUGCACCGAAGAAUGUUUCAAAUUUGUAUGGUAACAAAGGACUGUACAAUGCAUAUGGUGGAAAGCCAUUCUCAAAUGCUCAAGAUUCAAUCAGUUAUGAUCUGUCUUAUGGUGAGCCUUACAUGUCAGAAGCUGCAUCGCAAAGGUUUGGAUUCUAUACAAAUCAGGGUGCUGCAUCCACAAACAAUGGGUUUAGUGAAAAUGGAAGUGAGUUGUUUACUUAUGGAGAAAAUGGUUCUACAUUUUCUGGCAGAGGCCAGGGAAUCUAUACAUCACAGGCUGAAUCUGUGGCAAAACCACAAGGACCUGUCACCAUGCAGCAAGGGAGAUUUGGUGAGAAGUUCUUCCCCUCAGGCAACAUGAGUGACAAAAAGAAUUUAGGUGAGGAGAAAUGUUUUGGUUUGUAAUUUUGGAGAAGUUCAUUAGAAUAGAAUAGAAUGUAAAAGUUAAUUUAAUGUUGAAGACGUGGAAAGUGUUUGCACAAUCUUCCGAGCCAGAGACUCAUGUUAAAAAUGCUCAACAUUUAAAAAUGCUUAAUAGUGUCAGAGCCAUACCACCUUCUUAUGGGUACAGUAAGACCCCACAAACUUAAACCUGGUUGACUGAAACUCCUUGCACACUGGACAAAAUGCAAUUUCCCUGGGAUUUGACCCCAUUUUUUCGUUAUUUACUAUCAACUAACUCAAACUUGGUUUGCUUGAACUCCCUGUUUACUUUAACUAUUUUACUUUUCCUUGGCUCACAUUUACAUUUUGAUAGCUAGAUCUAUAAGUAAAAACAUCAGUCAAUAAAUGUCAAAGUCUCAGAACAUAGCUGAAUGACAGCUUUGAUUAAUUGACUAUGCAAAUAGUGCUUGCCUUAUCCAGUGCUUAAUUGAUUAGAAUAUGAUAAGAGUUUUGAAAACGUAAUGUAUUUAGCCUAACUUCCCAAACUAAAUGUUCUUAUCAAAAAGCUCUUAUAAAACAGACUUAAUGUUUGAAAAUGAUUGUUGAUUGUGCAAGAAUAGAAAAAAAACACAUUCCCUUAUUUAUUACUAUUAGGAUAAUUGAAAUUUAACACCAAUCCAAAUAAUUUGAAUUCCUGCUAAUUCAAACCAUUUUUCAAUUCCCUUGGGAGUUCCAGUCAGUGUGAUUCUUCUGUAUUGUUUGUUCUAAAUAUAUGAAAGAAAUUUGGUAAUUUUGAAAGAGGUUGUUGUCAUACAUACCUGGUCUUUUUAGUUGAUUAUUAGCUUUUAGUUGAUCGAGGUUCAUUCAAAUUGUGCCCAUUAAAUCUCACUUGAACGCUUUACACCUUAACAUCAAUAUGCAUAUUCUCUAUACUGUCCUUUAUACAUUUCCUUAGGUGUUGAUAAGGAGAAUUUGUUCAAUAAUCAAGAGCUUUUUUAAUUGGUGAUCAUUUCCUUUAUUCUCGUGACCUAAUUGUGUGAUUCAGGGGUGACAUCAAAGGGAGAAAUUAUGCUAGUCACUCUUAGGGGCCCAAAGGGUUAAGGGAAAAUUUACAAAAAGUGACUACCUCUUUUUGUUUUCUCUUGGUCGUUUUUGUUUUAUUGUUGUUGUUAUUAUUUUUUUUAAACAAUGUUUUUCUUCCUCUAGUGUUUAAUGGCAGUCAACUCAACGAAUUAGAUCUGUCUCUUCCUCCUGGGUUCCAAGUGUCAUGGACUCCAGAUGGGAGAAAAUAUUACAUAGAGUAAGUUAACAAAUACCAACUAACUUAGAAAAUUGUAACACCUUAAAAAAAUUGGGAUAUUUCAGGAGUGGAGAUAGUACAGUGGUGAGAGUGCUCAUCUCUCAUUUGGUUGGCCUGGGUUUGAUUCCCAGAUGGGUGCAACAACAUUUGGCAUUUGAAUAUGACUUGUAUGUUCUUGUCCUUGUUCUGGAAGUCUUUUUCCAGCUCCUCUAGUUUUCCUUCCCCCGCAAAAACCAACAUUACAAAUUCCAAUGGUACCUGUGGACAAGGAGAGCCAUUUUGUGGCAUGCUUACUGCCAAAUUCCCAUCACUAUUCCCAUUUUUUUAUUUCCAUCAUCUCAUUCCCAUUAUUUAAAGAAUUUUUAUUGUGUGACCAAUCACAUUGGAGAACAGGAUAUAUCAGCUAGCUACAAGACCAUAGUUAAAAAUUAUUUCAAUUGUUUCUCAUGAUUUAGUAAUUCUAGCUUGUUUUUCUUGAUGCAGUGACAUUCUAACUUUAUUGAUAGUCUCAACAGUUUUCUUUCUUUCAAAGACUUGUUUGUCUAGGUCAUUUAGCUUGAAUUCAUCAAGCUGUAUUUCAGUUUUUUUUUGUAAUAUGAAUGUUCAUGUGUCUUAGAGCAACUGAAGAAACAGUUGUAACAAUUCAUACUUCAAUGUUAUCAAAUCUCCAUUUCGUUUUAGUCACAACACAGAAACAACAGAUUGGUGUCACCCACUUGAGAAAGCAGGUACAGAAUUUUUUUGAAGAUAAGUUAAUGUUAUCAGCUGAGUUCUUAAAUUACAUGUGUAUAUGGACUAAACAUCAGCUUUGGAAUCUCUUUACAGUCGUCAAUUCACAUUAUCAACCCAGUUGUUAAAACCAUAUUAUCUUGUAAUAUCCACCCCCCCUCCCACACACUGACACAGACACACACACACAGACACAGCACCACAGUUUCUCUAUGAACUUAUCCCCUUCAUUUCUUUUUCAGUUAACCUAAUAGAACAUACAUAAAUUGCUCAACUUUGAUAGUAUUUGAUCUGUAAGCAUAGCAGUUAAUGUAUAACUGAAAAAAAAAGAGUAAUUUGAAAAUUUAUUUUCAGGUUUACCAGAUGGUUGGGAAAAAAUUGAAUCUCCUAACUUUGGAGUCUAUUACGUCAAGUAUGUAAAAGGAUAUUAAUUAUGAAUGAAUUGAAUGAUGUUUGAUUGAUUGCAAAUUCAGUGCUGACAGUAUUUAGCAAACUCAGCAACCACUACAGUGGUCCCUCAUUAUAUUUUUGAUUGAGAGCCUGAAACAGACUUAAAAGUUAUAGCAAACUGGAAACAUGCUUUAUGGCUCACUAUCCCACAGAAGAUUAACCCUUUACACCCUGACAUCAGUAUGCAUGUUCUCCAUACUCUUUUCUAUACAUUUCCGAAGGUGCUGGCAAGGAGAAUUUGUUUAACAAUCAAGAAGUUCUGUUUGUUGGUGAUCAUUUCCUUUAUUCUUGUAACCUUAAUAUGUGAUUGAGGGUUGAUGUUGUAAGGAGAAAUUAGAUGCUAGUCUCUAUGAGGGGUCAAAGGGUUUGUCUCAUUCAACAUGUCUAUCCUUUUACCUAGCCAUAACACAAAGAUAACACAGUAUGAACAUCCAGUGAAAACGCAGUUCAUCCAACACCAACAGCAGCAGGAGAGGAGAGUGUCAGAUGGAGGACGUCCAGAAUCACAAGCCAUUCCUGCACAGAAUCCCUUAGUGCCAGCAAAUCCAUAUAUUAGUGAAGGUAUACUGAUUGAAAGCUUGACAAAUAGGAUUACUUUUUAUAAGACAAAAAUUUCAGGCUUUGACAGAACUCUAACCCAUGCCAUCCUCCUCUUCCCGACCAGUACCUGGGAGGCAUGGGUUCUAAGAUUGUUUCUUCACAUGUAUAUCAUCUGCGAGUCUAAUUAUUAUUUAUUUCAUAACAUUGGUUUGCUUUGUUUUGUUUUAACCAGAAAUACCUGAAUGGCUGCAAAUUUAUGCAAAGGCUAGCCCAGAUUAUGACUGUUUUCUAAAGGUAAGAUUUAUAAUCAAUUUUUUUUAUUAUUCGCGUUUCUUCAGCAGCUGUGUGUUACGUGAUUUCUUCAAGACACCUUUCAAUUUUGCUUUGCAUGCUGUGCGUGCCUAUCUUUCACGUCGUAAAAUUUUGCACGAUUAACGUUCCUAUUAUUCACAUCUUAAAAUUUUUUUCCCCACGUGCUCUUUUUCAGUGGGAUUUGUUCCGUUACGCGGAGCUUGAUUGUUGGCAGACGAUGCUGAAACGAUUGUACAAAAAAGAAGUGGAACAGGUUGUGAUGAGGCACGAGGAGUACAGACAGGCCCUGCAGAGAGAGUAUGAACGUAAGCAGAAGAUUGAAGAGGACAAAAGAUUGAGCGAUCAAGCUCUGGCGGAUCUGGAUGAGUUAGAUAAAGAACUUGCCAAGUACUGAGAGAACCAAACAUUUUUUUCCCUCUCCGUAACGGGCGUCAGGCGCGGGAAAACACCAGUGACUAAGUGGUGGUCAAGGUUGCGGUUGCAUCAUGUCACUUGAAAAUGUGGAACAUUGACGCUCAACCAAAGCAAGGCUUACAUCGGAUUGGUUGAUUAGGUGGUGUAGUUCUCCAUCAAGCCAAUCACAGUAAAGCAAACUGUGGCGAUUGCGCAUUAGUAAUCUUCUAACAUCACCUGAAAAUAAUAAUAACAUCUCAAGAAACGGCACGGAUCAUACUGAUACGUAAUUCCGAUUUUCAAAGGUAAAAUCAUGUCAGGAAUAUUCAUAUGACUAGAGUGGUCGCUAAACAUCACAACCACAAAUGUUUAACUGUCACAUAUAUGCACAGUGUAACAGUAAUGUUAUAAGAAAUUAAAAGCAAAUAUACUAAAUUUAUAUUCAGUAUUUUUCCUAGACUAUAAAGUCAUUAGCAUUUAUGAAUGAGUAAAACACAAAAAGGAGAGAGGUCCUUAAUUAGUUUACCUCGCCUCAAUUUUGUAAUGUAUUGUAAUAAACCGUACUGUGACCUCCAAUAUAUUUAAGAAAUUAAAGUUAAUGGAUUUGUAGAGCUCAUUUCCUGGUUUAUGUUGAAUUUAUUAAAAAAAAGUUUUUUAU